AAGAGAACUUGCGGAAGACAUUGUGAAAUUUGUGUGGGAUAAAGUACUUCAAGCACCUCUCGAAAUUGAGUCUGAAAUGUCUAACAGAGACUUUGAAGCAUUUCAAGCAACAAGCCAAGCCAUGGAGAAGGUCAUGAUGGCACUAAAAGAUGAUAAGGCUGCUGUCAUCGGGGUGUAUGGAAGGGGAGGCAUCGGAAAGACAACUCUAGUGAAACAUGUUGGUUCACAAGCCAAAAAAGAUAAACUUUAUGAUCAAGUGAUUGUGGUUGUCAUAUCUCAAAGCCCCGACUUGAGAAAUAUUCAAGGCACAUUGGCAGAUUUGCUUGGCUUGAAUUUGGAGAAUAAAUCAGAAUUUGAAUUUGGAUAUGAAAGAGCAGUUAAAAGAGCCGUUAGAUUGAAGGAGGGGAUAAUGAGAGGAAAUAGGAUCCUCAUAAUCUUGGAUGACCUUUGGAAAAGAAUAGAAUUGUCAGCCAUAGGAAUUCCAAGCUGUUAUGAGCUUCAAAAAUGCAAUUCGAAGGUCCUACUUACUACAAGGAGAUUAAAUGUUUGUCAACAUCUUAUCAGAAGAAGAUUCUUUAAAAUUGUUUGUGAAGAUAGCAAGAAAGUCUUCUGACAUAUCAAACAGUUUCUACGAUGCAGCAAGGAAGGUAGCUAGAGAAUGUGCUGGUCUUUCAGUUGCGUUGAUAGCAGUUGCAAGAGCACUUGCAGAUAAGGACUUGGACGACUGGAAAGAAGCAGCUCGGCGACUAAAAGCGGCUCAUCCUAGCAACCCUGAAGAUAA